AUCAUAACAUUUAUUGCACACGGCCCUAAGUUUCAAUUCUUGACCCGCAUUUUGGAAAUAACGUUACGUGUAGAAAAAAAGAAUAAUGUCUGUAAUAAAAGCCGUAUGCGUUUUAAGCGGGACUGCAGGAGUUAAAGGAACCGUCUCCUUCGAACAGGCAAAAGCCGAUGGACCUGUUACCGUAACCGGUGAAAUUACAGGCUUAACCCCAGGAAAGCACGGCUUCCAUGUUCAUGAGUUUGGUGACAACACAAACGGUUGUACCAGUGCAGGAGCUCAUUUCAAUCCCCAUGGCAAGGAACAUGGAGCACCGGAAGAUGAGGUUCGUCACGUUGGAGAUUUAGGAAAUGUUGAAGCAGACGCUUCAGGAGUUGCUAAAGUGAACAUAACCGAUAGCUUGGUUAAUUUGACUGGUUCACUAUCUGUUAUUGGUCGAACCAUAGUAGUCCAUGCUGACCCCGACGACUUGGGAAAAGGAGGACACGAAUUAAGCAAGACUACCGGAAAUGCUGGUGCCAGAGUUGCUUGCGGUGUUAUUGGAAUUUCUAAAUGA